AUGCCUUUCCCAUUCAGUGAACUGUGUGUCCUUUUCAAUGCUCUUGAUCAAGCCCGAGAGAGAAAAACUUCUGCGCAUCUAGAAUCAAUUAAUAUCAACAAUGAAAUCACCACGGACUGGUUUAAGAGGAAUAGGGAAAUGAUUCCACAAAUAGGCUCAGAAGCAGUUAGCUUUCUAUCAUGCCUUUUGCCAGAACGCAGAGUAGAUCGGGUAUUCGAUCUGCGUGAAAGGAGACUUGCGAAGCUCAUCCAAGAAGCUCAAUGUCUUGGAAAUACUAGAUUCCAGGACUUACAAGCGUGGAAGACAGCGGAAGGCCCCGAUUUUGCAUCCUGCGUCGAAAACAUCAUGAUAGCAACUGAUGCAGCUCCCAGGUCCGGUCCAAGUGUUACUCUAGAAGAGAUAGACCAGACCCUAGACCAAAUUGCAGGGUAUUCAUCCUUUUCCUCCGCUCAUUUAAGCGCGAGCAUCAAUGGUAAGGAAACACGGUCAGCUCAGAAAUAUCAAAGGCUUGUAAGUAUCUUUCGGCGACUGCAUAGUUCCGAGGCAAAGUGGAUGGUUCGGAUGAUAUUGAAGAAUUAUAAUCCCAUUCCAGAAAGACAGGCGAUACUCCAGUUCCACUUUCUGUUGCCUGAUAUUCUCAGAGUGCAAAAAUCUCUUGAAGCGGCAGUCAAGGUUUUGAGUAUACCUAUGAUCCGGUCAUUGCCGGUCCAACCCUCAAAAAGAGAUACCCACCAACUCCGACAGUCUAAGAUUUCUAAUCUUCUGCCCGAGGCUGGAAUCAUGGUUGAGCGUCCGGAAUAUCAAAAAGCAAGAAGCAUCAGUCAUUGUUGUAAAUUAGCGGGUUCAAGGCUGUUAAGCAUUGAGCGCAAAUAUGACGGUGAAUAUUGCCAAGUCCAUAUUGACCGGAGCAGGGGACAAGAUUGUAUCAAAAUUUUCUCGAAGAGUGGAAGGGAUUCAACGGACGACCGAAUAGGCCUCCAUAAAGCGCUGCGACAGAGCCUCAAACUCGAUUCCGCAGAUUGUUCAUUCAAGGAACGGUGUAUUGUGGAAGGAGAAUUGCUGGUUUGGAAUGAUACUGACCAGAAGAUUGCACCAUUCCACCGGAUUCGCAACCAUGUGACACGAGGAGGAUAUUUCCUUGGUACGGCCAGAGAUCUACCAGCCCGGGACGAUGAACAUCUGAUGAUCAUGUUUUACGAUAUUCUACUCCUCGAUCACAUAGUCUGUAUGUAUGAACCGGACAUACAGCGACGCCAAAGACUCCAGUCCCUGGUUCACUGCAUCGCUGGACGAGCUGAUAUCGGAAAUCGCCACCGAAUAGACUUUUCAUUCCUAACGGCGGAGAAAAGACUCCAGCAAAUACUUGCACGAGCGAUCACACAGCGAUGGGAGGGUCUCGUACUGAAGGGUUGUUAUGACUCUUACCUCCCAUUGUACAGGACUUUUAGGCCCAUCAAGUUGAAGAAAGACUAUAUUCCUGGUCUCGGCGAUUCGAUUGACUUUGCCGUGGUUGGUGGCUGGCGAGAUGCUACGGAUGAGCAGGCACUUGGGAUCGGGUCCCUACGGUGGACAUCCUUCUAUAUCGCCUGUCUAGACAAUAAGGAGGAAGUCUAUGGAUUUAAAGCGAAACCGAAGUUCCGCUCCAUUGACAUAGUGGACAGGCAUGGCAUCUCAAAACACAACUUGGUCUUUCUUAACCGUCGAGGUUAUCUUGAGCUUGAGACGUUUACCACCUCCCUACCUCAGAUGGACGUCAACAUGGGCGAACUCCAACGAUCUGAGGGGCCAGAGAUAUUUAGGCAUCCAUUUAUCGUCGAGGUGAUCGGUGCAGGAUUCGACAAGCCGCCAAAUGCGAGUUACCUUGCUCUGCGAUUUCCCAGGAUCCAGAAAAUUCAUGACGACCGAACAUUCACCGAUGUUGUCGGUUAUAACGAGCUUCAGACUCUUGCGAAGCAGGCUAUCGAUGUACCUGAUGACGAGAGUGACGAAGAGGAAAUUUGGACCCGGAAAUUGCAACCAUCAGCAUUCACGUAA